AUGAGCAGAACAACGUUGAAGCUGAGAAAUAACUUAACAACUAUAUUAGAGAAAGAAUAUGAAACUGGAAACUCAUCGAUGAUCAAUAUGCUAAAAACCUAUACAAGUGUUGAGAAAACUGAAUUAAAUACAACAUUGGUGAACUCGCAGCUUCCUGAAAGUGGCAGCAUGAGAUCUUCUUAUCCAAUUUUAACACCUUUGAGAAAAAUGCUUCCUCAAACCUCAGCUAAAUUGAUGAAAAUGAAUCAAAGAAGAUUAAAAGCUCUUAAAGAAAGCCCUAUAAUCAGCAAAAAGCUCUCUUUGGCAAAUAAAAAUCAAGAUAACCAACAACAGCAAAUUAGUUCGCAAGCUCCUAUUGACAUUAGCAAUAAACUUUUAAUCUUAUUUAAAUAGUACUCUAGCAUUAUAUCCAAUAUUAUGUUUAUUUAAUAUUAAUAAGCAAGAACUUAUACCAGCAUCGUAAACAAUUAUACAGGGUAUAAAUAAACUCGAAUCAAAUUUGGAGGCACUAAUAAAUGAAAUAAAAGAAAAAUUUCCCCAAAUUGAGGUAAUUUUUGAUUGCUAUGAUAAUCCAAGUGCAGACAAGAAAUACAAAUACAUCUACAAUAUCGCUACAAAUCAGCAGCUCAAGUCUUAAACUUAAACUUAUUACAGUCGUGACUUCUGCCUAUCGGUAAUGCAGCCACCAAAGAUCCCCUAGGGGAUUAACCCUCUUUUCAACGUCAACAAUGAGAACUUCUUCGAGGUAGACAACUCACCAAGUGAGACACAGCUCUUGCACCACCUUUCCUCUUCUUUACCACCUUACGGCAUGACACCUGUAAAGUAGGGUUCUGUAUCUCUAUCUCCUCCUUGCCUUGUCGGCUCUAGUGUUGAGUGGGAGUGGGAAGGUCCAUGGACUUCUGCGACAUGCUGCGUAGGUUGAACGAAGGUUUACCGCACAGAAAUCACAAAAAUUGGAAUUUCUGGUGGACUAUCGAAAAGAGGAAAAUUCAAAGCCUGGGGCGUAACUCCUAUUUUCGCGCUAGGAAGUUGCCUGAAUGGUCUAUGCAUUGCUUUGCAGACGCUGUUGGACUUUCACUUUCCACUCUUAUUCCACUUUUUAGCUCGAGGUAAAGUACAAUCCUGAAAGCGGACUAGGCCUAAGCUCUGUGCAUUACCAGAAUUGCUUACCUUGCAUUACUGUCCAUUUCUGGGUUGGCAAAACCUUGCCAGAUAUAAUUAAAUAUAUGCUCGAAUGAGUCGGUGUAACCGACCGCAUCACGCAGGGAUUCCAUAUUUUAAUUAUCCCAGCAGCACAAGUCAAUUGAAGAACUCUCUGAAAAUACAACCAUGAUUUUAUUGACAAACAGAAAAAAUGUAGUUUUUGAUGCAAAUAUCACAGGCUUUGAUCCAGAAACAAAUUCUAUUGUAAAUCUGCGAAAUAUUCCAACCGAAGACCAUCAGAAAUAUCAGCCUCUCCCUAAUUCCAACAUGACAUCUCCACAUUCUAUUGAGACAAAAAAGCAAUCUAAUUUCUAUGAAAUUCUUCCAAUAAUUAUUAAAAAAAGAACUGAUUAUAUAGAGCAGCCGCAAGUUGUUCCAAGGAAAAAUUAUUUUUCCCCUCCAAGAUAUUAUCAUGGAAGAGCUCGCUCUUGUAAAAAGGUGCAAGAAGAAAAGCCUUUAUUAAAGUUCCAGCAUUCUGAAGUUUCAAUAUCAAGGCCUCAAAUAAAAAUUAUCAGAGGAAAUGCAGGCUUUAGACUGCAUUAUCGAUAUUAUUCAGCCCCAAAGCUUAAAGAAGCAAACUUUACCACAGCUCCAAUGCAAAAAAUCAGCCUCCAAAAUGAAACGAAACCUGUAACUUCGACAGUGAAUUUCAAUUUUAAUGGAACAAAACUGAAAAAUGAUAUGGUCAAUAUAUGCAUUAAAUAUAAUUUAACUCCCGAAGAAUUCUCCACGAUGGUUCAUGAUUUCGUUGGACUUGAAACCAUCAGAGAAGAACAAUAAAAUGGCAGUGUCUGAAUAAGUUCUCUCUGUAUUUUUCCUCCUUAGGCAAUUUUAUUAUUAUGGAGUUAAGUCCUCUGGCAGCCUGAUCCUUAGGUUUUAGGAGUUAUAGACUUUGGGUUGGUCGAAUUCGUAGAAAGUUUCGAAGAAUCUCUAUCGAAUAAAAAUGAUGGCAUGCAUUGCCCUCAAGGCACUAGUUGGGGGUUAAAAGAAUCAUGCAUUCCUAAAUUACCUGCUAACGUUACAAACCAAGUAAUUAAGUGCAGUGUCUUGCAAAAAUUAUGGAUUGGUAAUGCAUGUGGAAGGAUCCACAUGUGAAAUCUUCCAUGCAUGGAAUAUUCACAUGUGAUUUUAGUUAGUAUGUUGAGAAUUACUCCACAUACCGCGCACAAUCUACAAUUUAUGCAAGAGAUAAUAAUUAAGUAAGUGAAAUCAUCGGAGACACAGCCGGGAUAGUCUCUAAACAAGAAGUGAUAGAUUACUACAAAAUUUCAGAGAUUUGUAUAAAUGGUCUAAACACUGAGCUGGUACAAAGAGACUAUAUAAUGACCUCCCUAAGAUUUAUCUUUAAUAUAAACGCAGUAAUAUUUUUCUACCCAAUUCAUAGGAAAUCUUUAUAUAACAUGAGAUGAAUUUGCACAUCUUUUUAGCAUUUUUAUUUCCCAAAAAUGCAGCUAUAAUAUGCUUUGCAGCUUUAUAUUGAACCUUGUGGCUCCAUUUUGAAUACAUGACGCUUCCCAAAUGUUAAUUAGUUUACGUUCUUUAUUUUCCAAUUUUUCGCCAAACGUCAAAAUAAUUUGACAAAAAAUUUCAAAUAUUGUAGCAUCUUAUAAGACAUUAAGCAGCACUUUUCAGAUUGAAGAACUGAAGAAUCUAUUCCAUGAAAAAAUUAGUUUGCUGGAAUUAAGAAUGCUGGUGUCUGAAAUUAAAGCUUACCCCCCCCCCUCCGUGAGUGAACAAAAAAAUUUUGUUCACUCACGGAGGGGGUUAAUUUUUUUUUUUUUAAAAAAUUUCUAUAUAAAUUUUUAUAAAAAAUAUUUUUUUUCGAAAUUUAAAAAAAUCCUAAUUCGCAAAAUUGGAAAGCAAAAAUUAAUUUAAUUUAUAAAAUUUAUGUUUUAAAAAGCAAUUCGUUCAAAAUUAAACAAAAUUAGCUCUAGAUUUCAUUAUACUAAUUAUCAUUUAUAUAUCAAAAUUUUUUUCCAUAAAAAAUUUUUCUAUUAAAACAAUUUUGUUCACUCACGGAGGGUGGGUUUUUGGGCAUUUUUUUCUAAUGGUUUUGUUCACUCACGGAGGGGGGGGAGUUAA